AUGGUGUUGACACAUUCUGCCGCAUGUGAUUGGUGGGUUAAGAAAACGAUACUUGGUACUGUCUACGUGUACAAGAUAUAUAUACCCGCCAAUCAAAUAAGAGUAUUACAAUUGCAUCACUUUCGAUCUUCUUCUCGAUCUACACACGAUUGUAAGCGACGCAAUCAGUAUUUAACUGUGUCGUCUAUUCACUCGGAAGAUAUAAAAGAUUUAAACGAUUUAGAAAAAGAAAAGAUGUUGGACGAAGGUUUAGUAAUCUACCUGAAUAAUGCACAUUCGUGUCUGGAUUAUGUGGUGGGUGCUAACGACGUCGAUGAGUUUGAUGGUGCCAAGUUUGUGGUCAAGCAGAUUUGUUCGGACUGGAAGGACGCAAAGAAUGACGACAUGUUGGUCAAGAUUAUCGUAGGUGGUAUCACUAACCGCCUCUAUCGUCUCAUAUGGAAGGACAAGUCGGUGCUUGUACGUCUCUACGGAGACCACACGGAUGAGUUCAUUGACCGCAACUUUGAGAACAUGCUAUUUGCCUUGCUGUCAGAGCGCGGGUUUGCCCCUACGUACUACGGUCGCUUCAAGAAUGGCCGCAUCGAAGGCUGGCUGGACGCAAAGCCGCUGGACCCUAAAAUGAUGGGCCAGACCAAGCCCGUUAAUUACCUGCAGAUGAUUGGCAAAGAACUGGGCGUCAUGCACGUCAUGGACAUCCCGGUGGAACGUGUGCCUGUGCUGUGGACCAAGAUUGAGCGGUUUGAGAAGCUGGCGAGGGAGCUUAAGUUUAAGGAUCCGGUCAAAAAUGCUGCAUUGGAGAAAAUGGACUUGGCAGGAUUGUAUCAGAAGCUGCAGUGGCUUAAGUCGGCGCUGCCAUCGAACCAGAAUCGAAAUGGUAAGGACCUGUUGGACGCUCUCAACACGGACGCGAUAUCAAAACAGGCGGAGGCUUUUGCGUCUGACGUCGUGUUCUCUCACAAUGAUUUGCUGAGCGGUAACAUUCUGCACAACCCAGACUGGGAUCGUGUGCGAAUUAUCGACUACGAAUACGGCGGCUACAACUACCGUGCGUUCGACUUCGCCAAUCACUUUUGCGAAAACUGCGGUUUUGACCUGGACUUGGCGCAGUACCCGAGCAUUGAGAAGCAGUUUGCGUUUUUUAAGGCGUAUAUGAGUUCGGCAGCACCCACAAUGCUGACGGAACUGGAAGCUAACCGUGAGUCCAAGGCAUUUUUCCAUGCGUUUUAUGACGUGGUGAAUCGCUAUGCGCUUGCUUCACACAUGUUUUGGGGAUACUGGGCGCUUGUCCAAGCAGCGCACUCGAAGAUUGACUUUGAUUUCUUCGGCAACGCUGCGAGCUGUAGCAAAGGCAAAACCAUGUAA